GCGGGACUCAUACCCGACUUCCCAAUAUGAAGCGGAAUCGCAUCUAUUUUGAUGCCAAUGGUGAUGCCUCGUCCGCUUCCCCGCAAGGCGGAGUUACCUCGGAGGACCAUUCGCGGGCGCCAGACCAUGUCCCAAAGAUCUCGCGGAGGAUACGCGCAUGUACUGAAUGUAAGCGACACAAGGUCCGAUGUGAUAUGAAAGCAGGUGAGUCGACAUGCUCGCGAUGUCGGCGCAUGGGCCUGGACUGUGUUGUCAACAAGAGUCUUCAGACGCUGCUGGAGGAUGAAGCGGAGUGGAAGACCGUAAUCGAGCUGGCAAUGACGGACCUUCUUAGGAAGGCCCAACUGCCGGAACUAUCGUACUACCAAGCCGGCAAUGGAACUAUCGACACACCUUCGAGGAAACGAGGUCGGAAAGAAUCAACUGUGUCGGUGAAAGAUACCCUUGCCAUGGGACACCACAGGACCGAUUCAACAGGCAAUACUGCGGGCAGAGCGACUGGGUCAAGCCCAUCAAGCUACACCUUUUCACAACAACAGCCGCAAUACUCUAUAGAUCGCGAGGAAACGAGUGCUACUUCUCUGAUCACGGCCCCCAUGGGGAGCUUAUACGAGGUGACACAGCUCAGUGAGAAUCGCGAAAGCUCCCCCGGACAGCAGUCGCCAGAUCAGGCAUUGGUGACAGAUUUUAUAUCGCGCGGAGUGGUGGACCUACGGGAAGCAGAGGAAUUGUUCUACCACUUUGACCAAGUGCUCAACCGCUACCUGUGGGACGGAGCGUUACUGGCACAUAAGGAUCUGACAUCUGCUCGGCGGUCAUCAUCCAUGUUGUGUGCUGCUAUCAUGGCCGUCACAGCGUUGCAUAUGCCCACCAAAGAGCGCACAUUCGACACCUGCUAUACGGAGUUUGCAAAACUUGCGUCCGAGUCAAUGCUUGGUCACCACCAUACCAUGGACGAUAUUAGAGCCUUGUGUAUCGGCGCAUUCUGGCUUGCGGAUGUGAACUGGAAGCUUUCUGGAUACGCGGUUCGCAUUGCGACUGAACGCAACUUGCAUCAAUUCUAUCGUAAAGCCGUGGCAGGGUCUCCGGAACAUAAGGAGCAAGCCAGGCUGUGGUACCUGCUAUAUACCCUUGAGCAUCACUUCUCCAUCGCAUAUGGUCGACCUCCAAUCAUUCACGAGGAUCUCGCAAUCACAAACCACAACACCUUUACACAAUCACAAUCCGUAUCCCAGGGAGACUUACGACUGCACAGUCAAGUUGACCUGUUCAUAAUCCUCACCCGGAUAUAUUUUGCAUUUGGCCCCGAUGUCGACCUCGAAGUACCAGAGAGCGAAUUUCCUAAAAUUGAUCAGUACGACUUGGAAUUGGGAGAAUGGAAAUCAGCAUGGCUACCACGACUUUUUGGGAGUCGUCAUGUCGGCGCAUACCCCUACAAGGCCGUCUAUAUGCACUACCAUUUCUCUCGGCUCCAGUUGAAUUCGGUUGCCUUGCGUACUUACCACUCUUCGACCUCAUCACGAGUUAUGUCACCUGAACGCAGAAAGCGGGCUAACAUUGCCAUUGAGUCGGCGACGGCCACUCUCCAAGUCUGUCUAGAUGAGCGUGACAUACAAAGAGCUCUGGUUGGCGUACCACUAUACCUCCACAGCAUGAUCACUUUUGCGGCCGUCUUCCUGUUGAAGAUCGCAGCCAAGUCAUGCUCCAACGGGCCAAACCCGGGCCACGGUCAGCACAACUCGAUUGCCUCAGCUGGCUUGCUCGUUGACGUCGGCUACGUGCGGGUCUUGGUCGGUCGGAUUGUCGAGAUCAUGGUUGGAUGUAGCCAACGCGCAAGCGAGCGUCACCUGAGCCAUCACAUCGCUCGAGGUCUGCGGAAGAUGCUGACCGGACUCGAGGAGUGGGAGAAGCGGAACAGUAACCCGCAGUCUAUGGCGUCGACUCCACAAGAGAUCCCCUCCUUGUUCAAGCCAGUUAUCAUACCCGGAGCCCAGAUUUUGGGUGAGCGAGACACCAUCUUGAACCAUCCACCGCCUCUACUAGGCGUGGCACCGUUGUCUGCCGAGCGCAGCAAUGGAUUCGAGCCAACCGUGAGCAAACCGGAGCCAGGUCUUUCAGAGGGUUCAAUGGACCCGAUGAUGACGGACCUGUGGGGAUUCGACGAAGACUAUUUCCCCACGGGCGUGUUUGAUUUCCUGCAAAGCCAGAUGCCGGCGUAA